CUUGCCUCUGAAAUGGGUCUCUCUGGGGAGAGAGAGGAAGGGGGCCUUGCCUCUGAAAUGGGUCUCUCUGGGGAGAGAGAGGAGGGGGGCCCUGCUGAAAUGGGUCUCUCUGGGGAACAUGACACCAAAGCUAAGAGCCCAAUCAAGCAGGAGAGACCAGCCUCCCCUGUACCCAGCUGUGUGUCCAUGAAGAGUGACCAGUCUAUGGAACUACCUAUAGAGUUUAGAGAGGGAGACUUUUCUACUGAACAAAGAAACCAACAGGAGAGAUCAGAGUCAGAGAUUCUCAGUGGUCAGUCUUCCCAGAGUCAUCAAACAGACCUGGCCUCUAUAUUCAAUUUGCUUGAAGAGAAUAUUAUCACAUUUGUGAAGAACGAGCUGAAGAUGUUAAAGAGGAUUCUGAGUCCAGAACUCCCACAAGGCUUUGAGAGUCAGAAGCAAGAUAAGGAAGUGGUGGAUGCUGAAGAUGAGAAGCAGGAGAGCAGUGCCAGAGAGGGGGCUCUGAAGAUCACACUGCACGUCCUGAGGAAAAUGAACCAGAAGGAGCUUGCUGACACACUGGAGAAAAAUGAGCUUGCUGUGAUUUGCCAACGUGAACUCAAAUCUAAUCUAAAGAAGACGUUUCAAUGUGUAUUUGAGGGGAUCGCUAAACAAGGAAACCCAACACUUCUCAAUAAGAUCUACACAGAGCUCUACAUCACAGAGGGUGGAACAGGAGAGGUCAAUAAUGAACAUGAGCUGAGACAGAUUGAGACAACAACCAGGAAACAAGCAAGACCAGAGACUGCAAUCAAAUGUAACGACAUCUUCAAACCCUUAAGUGGACAAGAUAAACUUAUCAGAACUGUGCUGACAAAGGGAGUCGCUGGCAUUGGAAAAACAGUCUCUGUGCAGAAGUUCAUUCUGGACUGGGCUGAAGGAAAAGCAAAUCAGGAUGUCCAAUUUGUAUUUUCAUUGCCUUUUCGUGAGCUGAAUUUGAUGAAAAGGGAAAAACACACUUUGAUUGAACUUCUCAAUCACUUCUCAAUGGAAACAAAAGAAUCAAGAAUCUCCAACUAUGACAAGUAUAAAGUUCUGUUCAUCUUUGAUGGUCUGGAUGAGUGCCGACUGCCCCUAGACUUCCAGAAGAACAAGAUCUGUUGUGACGUCACAGAGUCAACCUCAGUGGAUGUUCUGCUGACAAACCUCAUCAAGGGAAAUCUGCUUCCCUCUGCUCUCCUCUGGAUAACUACCCGACCUGCAGCAGCCAAUCAGAUCCCUUCAGAGUGUGUUGACCAGGUGACAGAGGUACGAGGGUUCAAUGACCCACAGAAGGAGGAGUACUUCAGGAAGAGAUUCAGUGAUGAUGAGGACCUGGCCAGCAGAAUCAUCUCACACAUAAAGACAUCAAGGAGCCUCCACAUCAUGUGCCACAUUCCAGUCUUCUGUUGGAUUUCUGCAACAGUCCUUGAAGACAUACUGAAACAUAAGAGAGAAGAGAUGCCCAAGACUCUGACUGAGAUGUACACACACCUUGUGGUGUUUCACACCAAACAGAAGAAUGAGAAGUAUCUUGGGAAAGAAGAGACAGGUCCAGACUGGAAUAAAGAGAGCAUUCUGUCACUGGGAAAACUGGCUUUUCAACAGCUUCUGAAUCACAAUCUGAUUUUCUAUGAAGAAGACCUGAAAGAGGCUGGCAUUGAUGUCAAUGAAGCCGCAGUGUACUCAGGAUUGUGCACACAACUCUUUAAAGAGGAAUGUGGGCUGUACCAGGACAAGGUGUACUGCUUCGAGCAUCUGAGCAUUCAGGAGUUUCUGGCUGCUGUAUAUGUGUUCCUUUCAUUCAGCAACAACAAUGAGAAUCUAAUGGCCGAACUGCAAUCAACAUCUAGUAACGAUUGUCUACUGAAGCCAGAAGUUACUGUCUACAAGAGCGCUGUGGAUAAAGCCUUACAAAAUGAGACGGGAAACCUGGACCUUUUCCUCCGCUUCCUUCUGGGCCUCUCACUGGAGUCCAAUCAGAAGCAAUUAGGAGGUCUACUGACAAAGACAGGAAGCAGCUCACAGAGCCAUGAAGAAACAGUCAAGUACAUCAAGGAGAAGAUCAGGGAGAAUCCCUCUCCAGAGAGGUGCAUCAAUCUGUUCCACUGUCUGAAUGAACUGAAUGACCAUUCUCUAGUGGAGGAGAUCCAAAGAUACCUGAGCUCAGGAAGUCUCUCAGAAGCCAAACUCUCACCUUCACAGUUGUCAGCUCUGGUCUUUGUGUUGCUGACUUCAGAAAAGGAGCUGGAUGUAUUUGACCUGAGGAAAUACUCCAGAUCAGAGGAAGAUCUUCUGAGGCUGCUGCCAGUGGUCAAAGCCUCCAGAGCUGCUCUGCUGUCAGGCUGUGGAGUCACAGAGAAAUGCUGUGAUUCUCUGGUCUCUGCUCUCAUCUCAAACCUCUCACACCUGAGGGAGCUGGAUUUGAGUAACAAUGACCUGAAGGAUUCAGGAGUGAAGCUGCUCUCUGCUGGACUGGGGAAUCCCCACUGUAAACUGGAGAUUCUGAGGCUGUCACGCUGUCAAGUCACAGAGGAAGGCUGUGCUUCUCUGGUCUCAGCUCUGAGGUCAAACCCCUCACACCUGAGAGAGCUGGACCUGAGCUACAAUCACCCAGGAGACUCAGGAGUCAGACUGCUCUCUGCUAGACUGGAGGAUCCAAACUGCAGACUGGAGAAACUCAAUGUGGAACAUGGUGGAGAGUACACAAUGAAACCUGGGCUUAGAAAAUAUGCCUGUGAUCUCACACUGGACCCAAACACAGUAAACAGACUCCUCUCUCUGUCUGAGGAGAACAGAAAGGUGACAUGGAGGACAGAGGAGCAGCCGUAUCCUGAUCACCCAGAGAGAUUUGACUACAGGAAGCAGGUGCUGUGUAGAGAGGGUCUGACUGGGUGCUGUUACUGGGAGGUAGAGUGGAGUGGGAGAAGGGCUGCUAUAGGAGUGACAUAUAAAGGAAUCAGCAGGAGAGGAGAGGGUGAGGACUGUCUGAUUGGAUGGAAUGACAAGUCCUGGAGUCUGGUCUGCUCUGACAACCUUUACACGGUAUGGCACAAUACUAAUUCCACUACCAUAAACGUCCCCUCCUCCAGCUCCCACAGAGUAGGAGUGUAUCUGGACUGGCCAGCCGGCACUCUGUCCUUCUACAGAGUCUCCUCUGACACACUGACCCACCUGUACACAUUCCACACCACAUUCACUGAGCCCCUCUAUCCAGGGUUUCUGGUUUAUGACUUCUCAGUGUCCCUGUGUCACGAGGUCCCUGUGUCAAACACAACUUGGAGCUGCUGACGUCAUCUGAGCGCGACUUGUGUUUGUUGUUGGGAGCUGAAAGCUGAACGAGAGGUUUAUUGUUUUUGUAAAGCUGACCGUGUUUUUAUAUUAUAUUAUUUUAUGAUCCUGCAGCACUGUUGGGCUUAGUGUCUGUGAGUGCUGCUGUCUGUCCCGGUAUCCUGCAGCACUGUUGGGCUUAGUUUCUGUGAGUGCUGCUGUCUGUCCCGGUAUCCUGCAGCACUGUUGGGCUUAGUUGCUGUGAGUGCUGCUGUCUGUCCCGGGAUCCUGCAGCACAGUUGGGCUUAGCUGUCUGUCCCGGGUAUUGUAAUGUUUUUAAAAUUGUAUAAACUGCCUUAAUUUUGCUGGACCCCAGGAAGUAGAGAUGCUGCCUUGGCAGCUAAUGGGGAUCCACAAUAAAUACAAACACA